AAAACAAAAACAUGCGUUGCAUGUGAGAGACAAAACAUCAAGUGUAUGUAUGUGUUUUUUUUUUCUCUCACUUAAAAGUUGGCACGCACGCUCCGUUCGUGCCAAAUUCCCAAACACGCUCGUCUCCACACACACGACACGAGCGAGAACCCAACCUCGUGAGACGCAUCUCGCAUGCUUCACUCGCUCGCACGCUCGCUCACCCCUCGCCGGCCGGAACUCACCCCUUACCCGCCGCCGGAUGCUUGCCGGUGCCGCCGUUCCCUCUCCUGAGCUCGAUCCUCCCGGAUUCCUCCCCUUCGCCGUCAAUUACUGCCGGACCUCCGCGCCGGCCGCCGGUAAUUUGGUAUCUGACAGAGUUCUGAAGAAUCUGGCGAGUAGAAGACUGAUCUGCUUGAGAAUUUGUUUAUCGCACCGUGAUCUCGAUCUGGAAGCCUGUGGAAUUUCUGAUGACAUGUUCUUUUUUAUUUGAAAUGGAGACCAUUCAUAAAUGUUGAUGGCAUUGCUAACCAACAGUAUCAGUAGAAUAGUUUUUAAUUGAAUUCAACUAUUGAGAGUUCGGACUUGGGGUAUGGCAACUGAUAUGCAGAGGCUUGUUGGAACGAGUGAGGAUGAUGAAGAAAUAGGGAUGGAUGUGAAAGACGAGGAUGAUGAGGAUGAUGAUUAUGAGGAAAAUGGAAGUGAGCAUGGAAAUGCUCCAGGGAUGGUUGAGAUUGAUGGUGGAAAUGGAAUAGGAACUGCCACUGGUGACAACAGGUUUCAACAGCACCAGCAGUUUCAAGAGCAAGUAGGCACCCCUAGUGGAGGUACCCGAAGAUCUAGACCGCUAGAAGAGAAAGAAAGAACAAAACUAAGAGAGAGGCGCCGGAGGGCUAUCACUGCAAAGAUCUUGGCAGGGCUUCGUAGGCAUGGCAACUAUAAUCUUAGAGUUAGGGCUGACAUAAAUGAUGUCAUUGCUGCUCUAGCAAGGGAAGCUGGAUGGGUGGUUCUUCCAGAUGGAACUACUUUUCCCUCCAGAUCUCAGGGUCAAAGGCCAGCUGGUGGUAAUUCUACUGUUGUUACAUCAUCAUCUUCCCAUGUGCCUUCGCAACAAACUCCUUCUGCUUCCCUCAGGGGAGUUGCUUCUGGAUCCGGUUAUAGGAGCCCUCUAGAGCAUAAUGCAUGUCAAAUAAAAGGUGUUUUCGCGCCAGUUCCAUCUCCUUAUGAUCCAUCUUCAAGUUCCCGGUCUCAAACAUCUAUGGUGGGGGAUGGAGAAGCACAAAGAGACAAUUGUCCCCUGAUUGGUGGUGGUUCAACUGAUAAUGUUGAUGAGAAGCAGAUGGUUGAUAUGUCCCCCAGAUUACCAGAGCGUGAUUUGGCUGGUACUCCAUAUGUUCCAGUUUACGUGAUGCUACCGUUAGGGGUGAUCAAUAUCAAAUGUGAGCUUGUUGAUCCGGAUGGUCUACUAAAGCAGCUGAGGGUGUUGAAAUCAGCAAAUGUUGAUGGUGUAAUGGUAGACUGUUGGUGGGGAAUAGUGGAGGCACAUGCCCCACAAGAGUAUAAUUGGAAUGGUUACAAGAGACUCUUUCAAAUGGUGCGUGAACUUAAGCUUAAGCUGCAGGUUGGGAUGUCUUUUCAUGAAUGUGGAGGCAAUUUUGGUGAUGAUGUUUGCAUUCCAUUACCUCAUUGGGUAGCUGAAAUUGGUAGAAGCAAUCCUGACAUUUUUUUCACUGAUAGAGAGGGAAGACACAACCCUGAAUGUCUUUCUUGGGGAAUAGAUAAGGAACGGGUUUUAAGAGGUCGGACUGCUGUGGAGGUUUAUUUUGAUUUCAUGAGAAGUUUCCGGGUAGAGUUUGAUGAAUAUUUUGAGGAUGGCUUCAUCUCCUUGAUUGAAGUUGGACUGGGUCCAUGUGGAGAGCUAAGAUAUCCAUCUUGUCCUGUAAAGCAUGGUUGGAGAUAUCCUGGUAUUGGUGAAUUCCAGUGCUAUGAUCAGUAUAUGUUGAAAAGUCUUAGGAAAGCAGCAGAAGUAAGGGGGCAUUCUAUUUGGGCUAGAGGGCCCGAUAAUGCUGGUACCUAUAAUUCUCAGCCUCAUGAAACAGGUUUCUUUUGUGAUGGAGGUGAUUAUGAUGGCUUCUAUGGCAGAUUUUUCCUUAGCUGGUACUCUCAGAUUUUAGUUGAUCAUGGAAAUCGGGUUCUUUCACUGGCAAAAUUAGCUUUUGAGGGAUCCUGUAUUUCUGCAAAGCUAUCGGGAAUUUACUGGUGGUACAAGACUGCUAGUCAUGCUGCUGAAUUAACUGCUGGAUAUUAUAAUCCGUGUAAUCGUGAUGGUUAUGCUGCAAUUAUGGCAAUGUUGAAGAGAAAUGGAGUUAGCUUAAACAUUCCUUGUGUUGACUUGCACACAUUGAAUCAACAUGAGGGAUUUCCAGAGACAUUUGCAGAUCCUGAGGGAUUAGUAUGGCAGGUGUUGAAUGCUGGAUGGGAUGUUGGCCUACCAGUUGCCACUCAGAAUGCACUCCCUUGCCUAAACAGAGUUAGCUAUAACAAGGUUUUGGAUAAUGCCAAGCCCAUAAAUGAUCCAGAUGGAAGGCAUUUUUCAUCCUUUACUUACCUGAGGCUUAGUCCACUUCUUAUGGAACGUCAAAACUUCGUAGAGUUUGAACGAUUUGUCAAGAGAAUGCAUGGGGAAGCUGUUCUUGAUCUUCAGGUAUAAAUGGUGGAAAGAGAAUCUUGUAGAAUUCAUAUUUAUAAUUCCCCUGACAAAAUGGUUGGGGUAUCCUGUGACAGAUUAGGAGAAAUAGGAUUGUUAUUAGCUGCGGCACAUACUAGUUAGUCAAGUAUUUAUUAGGUUACGCUCUUGUUUUUUCGAUCAAACAACUCACAUAGAACCCGGAUGAGUAAUUUGUCCAUACAUGUGCAACUCAUUGACAUUCAGUAUUAACCAAUAUACAGUGAUCUGUACAA